GUGCCUCGGGCCGGCCGCCCUUGCCUGUGCCAUGGGGCUGCCCACUCUGGAGUUCAGCGAUUCGUACUUGGACAGCCCGGAUUUCAGGGAGCGACUGCAGUGUCACGAGAUCGAGCUGGAGCGGACCAACAAGUUCAUCAAAGAGCUCAUCAAGGACGGCUCGCUGCUGAUCGGGGCGCUGAGGAACCUAUCCAUGGCAGUGCAGAAGUUUUCCCAGUCACUGCAGGAUUUUCAGUUUGAAUGCAUCGGCGAUGCUGAAACAGAUGAUGAAAUCAGCAUUGCUCAAUCACUGAAAGAAUUUGCAAGGCUACUUAUUGCAGUAGAAGAAGAAAGACGGAGACUGAUUCAAAACGCUAAUGAUGUAUUAAUUGCACCCCUGGAGAAAUUUCGAAAAGAACAGAUAGGUGCGGCAAAAGAUGGAAAGAAGAAGUUUGACAAGGAGAGUGAAAAAUACUAUUCUAUUCUUGACAAGCAUUUGAAUUUGUCUGCAAAGAAAAAAGAGUCUCAUUUACAAGAGGCAGAUUCACAGAUUGACCGCGAACAUCAAAACUUCUAUGAAGCAUCAUUAGAAUAUGUCUUUAAAAUUCAAGAGGUUCAAGAAAAAAAGAAGUUUGAAUUUGUUGAGCCGCUUUUGUCAUUCCUUCAGGGUUUGUUCACAUUUUACCAUGAGGGAUAUGAGCUUGCCCAGGAAUUUGCACCAUAUAAGCAGCAGCUGCAGUUCAACUUGCAGAAUACAAGGAAUAAUUUUGAAAGUACUCGGCAAGAGGUAGAGCGGUUGAUGCAAAGGAUGAAAUCUGCCAACCAAGACUACAGACCACCCAGCCAGUGGACCAUGGAAGGCUAUCUUUAUGUCCAGGAAAAACGCCCACUUGGGUUCACAUGGAUCAAGCAUUACUGCACAUAUGAUAAGGGAAGCAAGACGUUUACAAUGAGUGUCUCUGAAACGAAAGCCAGCGGGAAAGUGAAUGGCCUUGUUACUAGUUCACCGGAAAUGUUUAAAUUAAAAUCAUGUAUCCGACGAAAGACAGACUCAAUUGACAAACGAUUCUGCUUUGACAUCGAAGUAGUUGAAAGGCAUGGCAUCAUCACACUGCAGGCUUUCUCUGAAGCUAAUCGGAAGCUCUGGCUGGAGGCCAUGGAUGGGAAGGAACCGAUUUAUACCCUGCCUGCAAUAAUUAGCAAGAAAGAAGAAAUGUACUUAAAUGAAGCAGGGUUCAACUUUGUGAGAAAAUGCAUUCAAGCUGUGGAAACAAGAGGUAUCACUAUCUUAGGACUGUACCGAAUAGGAGGAGUGAACUCCAAAGUUCAGAAACUCAUGAACACCACAUUUUCUCCAAAAUCCCCUCCUGACAUUGACAUUGAUAUUGAACUUUGGGACAAUAAAACUAUUACAAGUGGACUGAAAAACUACCUCAGGUGCCUCGCUGAACCACUGAUGACUUACAAGCUGCACAAGGACUUCAUUGUUGCUGUCAAGUCGGAUGACCAAAACUACAGGGUGGAGGCUGUACAUGCACUGGUGCACAAGUUACCGGAGAAAAACAGAGAGAUGCUGGACAUCUUAAUAAAGCACCUGGUCAAAGUAUCAUUGCACAGCCAACAGAAUCUCAUGACUGUCUCAAAUCUUGGUGUCAUAUUUGGCCCAACACUGAUGAGGGCACAGGAAGAAACUGUGGCUGCUAUGAUGAAUAUUAAAUUUCAGAAUAUUGUGGUUGAAAUUCUGAUUGAGCACUAUGAAAAGAUUUUUCAUACUGCCCCAGACCCAAACAUUCCUCUUCCUCAGCCUCAGUCUCGUUCUGGAUCCCGAAGGACUCGAGCAAUCUGUUUGUCUACAGGCUCUCGGAAGCCCAGAGGGAGAUACACUCCAUGCCUGGCAGAACCUGACAGUGACUCCUACAGCAGCAGCCCGGAUAGCACACCCAUGGGCAGCAUAGAGUCGCUCUCCUCUCAUUCCUCAGAGCAAAACAGUACUUCGAAGUCUGCUUCCUGUCAGCCCAGGGAGAAGGCUGGGGGCAUUCCCUGGAUUGCAGCCCCAUCAUCUUCCAACGGACAGAAAAGUCUUGGGCUCUGGACAACUAGUCCUGAGUCAAGUUCUCGAGAAGAUGCAACCAAAACAGAUGUGGAAUCAGAUUGCCAGAGUGUGGCCUCAGUCACCAGUCCAGGGGAUGCUUCCCCUCCCAUAGACCUAGUCAAGAAGGGACCCUAUGGACUUUCAGGACUGAAAAGAGCCUCCGCAUCCUCUCUCAGAUCCAUCUCUGCAGCUGAAGGAAACAAGAGCUAUGGUGGAUCCAUUCAAAGCUUAACUUCCAUAGGUUCCAAGGAGACAUCCAAAGUCAUGCCAAACCCAGAGCUGCCUCCAAAAAUGUGCAGGAGGUCAAGGCUAGACACUGCCUCCAGCAAUGGCUACCAACGUCCUGGCUCAGUAGUGGCAGCCAAGGCUCAGCUGUUUGAAAACGUUGGGUCAGUGAAGCCAGCAUCUUCUGGGCGCCAAGCCAAAGCAAUGUACUCCUGUAAAGCCGAGCACAGCCACGAGCUCUCCUUCCCCCAGGGGGCGAUAUUUUCCAAUGUGUACCCAUCAGUGGAACCAGGAUGGUUAAAGGCAACUUAUGAAGGCAAAACAGGACUAGUCCCUGAAAAUUAUGUUGUCUUCCUCUAAUACUGUUUAGUGGAUGGCAGUAUCUUCAUGGUAUCCAUGGUAACACAUAAGUGCUGUGAUUUUAUCUGACACAGAUAUGGGGAUCAGCCACUAAAUGCAAACAGUCAAUUUUGAUCAAGCUCUUCAUCAGCAGACUAUGUAGCUCCCUGUUAAUGGAAAGAAAAAACAUGUUAAAAUUGUGGCCAUUCUUUUUGGCUGGUUUCAUGUGUGUGUUGUUUAAAAUAUAUCUUUCUUAUCUUUUGGCAAUGAGUAAUUCUCUACAAUGUCUCUUUUGUAGCAACUUUAUAAUCUCAAAUACUGUGUUAAAUACUACAUCCACAAAAUUUGGAAUCCACAAAUCUACUAUAUGGAUGUUGAGAUCUGUCCUUCACUGCCUGGUAUUCUCUGAAAAACCUUGAAAUCAUUACUUAAAAAUGUAACUUAAAUUGUUUGUUUAUUUUUUUCUCAAAAAUAUACUGUUUUAUAUAUGAUUGUUUUGCUGGUCCUAAACAUUUCAAGAAAAUAAGUCUUUGUUUUAUCAUAACUUUAUUUUUAUUUGUUUUCCACGAUGAUGAUGGUAUUCAAAAGUGAUUAUGUAUAUUAUAUGUAUAAAGAAAGGCAAGUUCAGUCAAACACUGAUCCUCUGUAGACAAUCCAUCCAGAAUUUCUGACAGAUUUCAUGGGUUUAGAGCAAAGAUUUUAAGCUAUUUCUGGAAAAGCUUGAUAGUAAAUAUUUUUGUGGCAAGCUGGAUUUGACUUGAGAAUCAAAGAUUACUGACCCCUCCUCUAAAAGUUGUACAAAACUAUUGAGCUUUUUAUAAAAUUUUACAUUAAAAUAUAAAUGUUAAUAAAUCAAAUGCACAUCUUCAAAUGGCAUCCUACGAGUGGAGUUAUACUUACAAAGUAAUUGUAAAACACAGUAUAAUAUAAGUCCACUUGUAACACUGAAAUGUCAAGGUACUUUAGUAAUAUCCAUUGGUGGCUUAUGAGGCAUUCUUCUACAAAUGAUAACUAUGCUGUUUAGAAACACUAAUAGGGGAGCUGCACUUUGUAACAUCUGUGCUUUGUCAAAACGGAAAGUAAACAACAAAGUAUUGGAUUCUUAAGUUAUACCAGAGUUUAAAAUCAUGGCAUUAUCUUUAGCAGGAAUAAAAUUUACAUAUCAUUUUUCUUUAUGCAUCCUGUUUAUAGCCUUCCUAAAAAUUUCACUGAACCUAUAGAGCAUAGAAAUUGGUAUUUACUAUUCAUUUAUAUGCAUCCAUGAUUUGGUUAUAUAUCAGCUAUGUUUUCUAUUAUUUCUAUUUUGAUAAUCUUAAUAUAUUAUUUCUAUGAGUAUCUGUGUGGCAGAGAGCUUUUCUUUAGAGUCUAAAAAAUUUAGUUAUCUGCCACUUGGCUCCACCAGCCCUCCUCUACUUGGCCUUGAUACCUUGCCAGAGUUUUCUCCACUUUAUAGACACUCAGUGUUUACUGUGUCAAGCUUCAUUUAGGUAUUAUAACUUACAUUCCAGUUCCUUCUACUUUAAAUCAAUAUUUCAACAGGUAAUAGGUACAACAUACAUACCACUAUGCCUCAGAGCAUUUAUGUUAUUAAAUAUAAAAUGAACAUAAUGGAUUAGAAUUAACAAGUAAAAAGAGCAAUAGCAAAUAUACACAUUCAGGAAUAAAUAAAUAUUAAUGAAUUGAAAUAAAUGAAUAUAAAUACUCUGAUGUCACAAAAGACUAGUGAUGCUGAUGUGAUGGGGAAGUCAGAUAAAAGAUUGUCUUGUCUCCUUCCUUCUUGCUGUUGAUCUCAGUAUACUAUAGUGCAAAUGGUAGACCUCAUUGGUCAAGAUACUUCAUGACCCUUGGUGGUACUAACAGCAUUGCUGGCUCUCUACACUCUGAUGAAACAGAUCUUUUUCAUUGUCCCAGCCCCCUACUUUACAGGGUACCCUGUCGUUAAAGCACACUUGCCAUCCCCUGGCAUCCUGCUAAAUCAGAAUCACUUAAGGAAAAUUGCUUUUCUUUCAAAGACCAACUUGAUUCCAGAGAGAUUCAGAAUCUUAGUCAACUUGCUACUACAUAAUGAAACCUCAAGUUUCAUUUUAGCUCAGACCAGAGCACUCCUGCUUCUGAGAUGUCUGUGAGCUGACUCCAGUGAUGCUCAAUGAGGAGUUAAAGCUUGUGUGGAAUGUGGCUCUGAAGUCUCCUUUCUGCUGGUGAAGCAUCUUCUCUGGCAUUAUCUGUCGUGGUCCUUUUCUUGAAACAAACUGUAAACAUGCUGGCUCAUGUUGUACUUUUGCUUGGCUUUUUAGAACCUUAUAGACUGUAUUUUCAUGUUGGUUACAUAUGUAAAGAAGUCACGAUGAUCUGUUGGAGAAAGGCUAAGCAGCUUUUCCCCUGAAGUAAGCUCCUUGCACAUGAAGCACUGAGAAGCACUGAGAAAAUGAAGCCAUGUCCUCUAAAACACACCAAAUAUUAAUGAUGCGGGAAUACAGUGCAUUGGAAGAGAGUUACAUCAAAAACUGUAAGAGCAUGCUUCCUUCAGCAGCACAUACACUGAAGUCAUAAUGGAGCAGAGUAUAUUUGCAUGGGCCUUGAACAAGGAUAACACGAAAAUUCCUGAAGCAUUCCAUAUGUUUUUUGAAACAUUAUAGUAGUGUUGCUGUGAUGGAAACGUACCUUUUCAGAGACAGUGUGGAAUUAUUCGAACUGCCCUAUCUUCACCUCUGAAACCUACAGCAGCGCUUAUGCAAAUGACCUACAGUAAUCCAUGUGGGGAUGAUGCCAAGCGUCUAAGAUAAUUAUGCCAUGUCAUUUGUGAAUGUAUCUCUGAGAGUAAAACAUUGGUGUCUUUCCACAGGUGACUCUUGUUACUCCACUGAACUUACAUUAUAGAAACUAGUCAUUCAACUGAGUGAUUUUCCUAUUGUGUUUUGUCAGUAUCUGCAAAGUAAAUUAAUCUUUAUACCCCUAUAAUGUCCAUGAAGUUUGAAGAAGUGUUAUUUGUCCUUGUUUGUUGUUUUGGGUCACUGUAUUGUAGCAUGAGCAUAUCGGAGUUUCUCAACGAUGGCUUAUUCAGGAAUGGUGGAGAAAAGAAUACACAACAAAUAUACUUUAUGUUCUCAUAAUCCCACACUCUCCAGGUUCCCAAAUAGUGACAAUAAAGAUACAAAUUUGAUUCCAUUUGCUGCAUGGUAAUUAGCUUUUCACAUUGUGAAGUGCCUUCUAAGUUACCACUAUAUUCUGAAGAAAUUUCCUACCAUAACCUCAUGAAGAUACCGCACUGUUAAUUUUCCCACACCCAGACCCCAACCUCAGGUUCUUGUUUAUGUCAAAGGAUAUCACUAACCCUGAUGCUACUCUAGAAGAGUUGCUGAGAGCCUCAACUCAAAAAAAAAAAAAAAAAUGCAGCACUGAUUGAAUAUAUCUUUAUGCUUGGGACCAGAAGCAUUUUAGAAUAGUUUCAUAUAUAUGAGAUCUUAUGUCCUUGAAAAUAUUACAGAAUAUGAAAAUACUAUGGAAACAGGAGUGAGGUCAAGUCAUAAAAUUAAUUGGUAUUUCAUAUGGUUGUUAUAUAUAGCCUAAAGGUAAUUUUGAGCAAUAUUUGUAAUUGUGAAUAAAAAGUUCCAUGGUAUGGA